UCUCUGAUUGGCUCCUGCGCUCUGGUUCGCCCUGCUGCCCGACUUACUGCAGUGCGUCAGAGGGCCGGCAGGGGUCGCCAGAGAGAGACAUGAAAAUGAACGGGGGUGAAUGGAGCUGGAUUCUGCAUGGAACCAAAAAGGGUUACAAGCCUAACACGGUGCUGCAUAGAACCAUAUUCAACACGUUCUUCAUCAGCCUGAAAAAACCUUUCACCAUGCAGAACCACCUCAUCACGCAGAGGGUUCUUUGAGUGUUCAUGGCUCGAAGUUUCUUUUCUAAAGAACAUUUGAAGAACCGCCUUUUUAAGAGGGUGGUGCUGAUACGGUACUCAGUGUUGGUAUCGGUCCGAUACCGGCCGCGGUCACUGGAUCGGGUAACAACGCUGUGCAGGAGCUCCAUAGAGACCCAUUCAUUUUGAACUCUCUCACCAGCGCCCUCUGGCGGACUCUACUGGAAACGUUCAACGAGCGAGAGCCGAGGCUUCUAUCCAAUCACUGCGCAGGAGGCGGGGUCUCCCGGAAUACGGGUGGAGAGAGUGGCGUCUCGCCAUAGCGGAGGGCAGACAGUGACCCCUGACCCCACCUACCCUGGUGACCUGGAUAAUCAGUCAUGGAGGGAGAGAGCAUUGAAGUAGUGGCCUCCAGCUGCACAGUCCUGACCACCACAGUGUCCAGCACAUCCACACCCAUCACUCAGCGCACACAGACCAACCACACAGACCGGCAGACCGUCCAGGUGAUCCAGCAGGCUGUGCACAGACCCGCAGGUGUGGCUCAGUACCUGCAGCAGAUGUACGCAGCACAGCAACAUCACAUAAUGCUGCAGACCCUCCAUCAACACCAACAGACAACCAGCCCCACUACAUACAGCACAGCAUCCACACAGCAGGUUUCCCAGUCUAACAGCAGAAAGGCCACUUCCCCUCCUCCAUCGGCCAAUGGGAGUGCAGCUCAGACAGCAAUCACGCCACCCGGCUCUGUGGUCACUCAGCUGCAGUCCCCCAGCAUCUCCGGGUCUGCAGGAGCAAUAUCCCAGCAGGCCGUUCUGCUCGGGAAUGGCUCCGCCCCCUGUAGUCAGGCUCAGAUGUACCUUCGCACUCAGAUGCUGAUUCUGACUCCUGCUGCGUCUGUAGCUGCUGAUCUGCCUGCUCUGAGCUCGGCCUCCUCCCAGCCCGCGUCCACACAGGUUCCUAGCUUGGCUCUGCGGACGCAUCUUCCUGGAGCCCUCAGUGCUGCCCAGAGCGUCCAGCUGAAGGCCUCCCAGGGUCAGACACUGGUCACCCCCCUUCCCAGGAUGUCCAUCUGUCCCCUAAAGUCCACACAGCUGUCCCAGGCCCUGGCAGAAACUUCCAGAACAUUAUCUCCGGCUCUGAUGCGGCACCAGCUGCACUGUCCCACCAGCCUGAAGGGGGUGCCCCCACAGUUCAUCCUGCAGAGUAGUGUGGCUCAAAGGCAGGUUCAGCCCAUUGCUCUCCGGGUUACAGAUCAGGACAGCAGCCAUCCUCCACUGUCCCUGCUGACCGGGACCACGCCCACCCCCGCCACCGUCCUAUCACAGCACUGUGAGGUAGUUUCAUGCCCCGCCUCCUCAGACCAACCGGCCAGUCAGAGCUCAGCACAGCAGCACGCUGUAGUGGCAUCCACUUCUACAGUUCCAUCAGCCAGUCCAGUUCUUCCAGACCCUCCUCCACUUCACCUGGCUCCAGUGGUGGACCCCCUCUGCCAGGCUCAGCCCCUCAGUUGUCCCCCUCCUCCACCCCCACUGACCCUGGCAUUGCCCAGGCUGCCUGCCACCCCUUCUUCAGCUUCUGUACAGAGAUUGUCCCUUCGCUCCAUCCAUGCGCUGGCCGUCCGGUCUGACCACAUGCUGCUGUCGGAGGAUGAGCUGCCCGUGGCCGAGGCUCUGGCCCAGCUGCCCUUCCAGAACCUUCCACCUCCACAGACCACUGCCGUGGACCUGAAGGUGCAGCCCAACACAAAUGCGGACAAAACAUCAGAGGAUGGAGCUGGAGUGGAAAUGGGGAGAGAGGGAGAGAAAUGUCCAGACAGGAGCAGGACCCACCCUCCAGCACUGACCCCCACAAAGAACCCACAGAACUCCUGCAGAGACACUACACAGCCGGAACCACGUACAGGCCCGUUGGAGUCGUCCUGUUUACAGUCCAGCAGAUCCGUGAUCCGGUCAGCAGAAGAUGCAGUGUCCACCCCCCCUCCUCCCUCCCUCUGGCCCGCGGUAAGAAGUUCCAGGAGCAGCCCCACCUCAGCCAGCCAGCGGCCCCCGCAGGCCGGCGUUAGACCACACAUCCUCACACACCUCAUAGAGGGCUUCGUCAUCACAGAGGGGCUGGCGCCAUUCCCGGUGGGCCAAACCGCUGCGGAGAAGCAGCAGCAGGUCCAACUGCCCGAGGACCGAAAGCUGCCGGAGAAUGGAGCGGAACACCUCGACUUCCUGCCGGACACCGAGGAGCCCGAGAACUCCUCAGACUCGGACAUGGACAACACACCUGCUGAAGAUGAGAGGUCAGCGGUCAGUCCGUUAGAUCUGCUGCAGUGCGAGUUCUGUGGGAAGAGGGGGUCCAUGCGGACCUUCCUGCGCUCCAAACGCUUCUGCUCCACCACCUGCAUCAGAAGCUUUAACGUCAGCUCUACAAAGCGCCUCGCUGUGCUGAGAGCCCACAGGAUGACCCGCUGGCCCAACAGGCCAAUGGGGCGCAGGGGGAGACCACCAAGCCGCAUCAGCCGCACCCACCGAGAACACUUCUUCAGACAGCUGCAGGGCUCCUACAGACCAGACGGCGCUCAGCAGGCGUUUGUCUCCUCCCGAGCCGGAGAGGAUGACUGUGAGUGUGAAGACCCUCCAGGCCCCAUGACCACCAGGCUGCGUCUGCAGGCGGAGAGAGAGAGGGAGAGAGAGCGAGAGCAGGAGGGGAGAGAGAGGGAGGACUGCAGCAGCUCCACCGGCCUGCUGGACUGCUCUCCAGCACUGUGGAGCGUGGAUCAGGUCUGCUCCUACAUCAGCUCCUUACCAGGAUGUCUGGACAUGGUGGCUGAGUUCCGUUCGCAGGAGAUCGAUGGCCAGGCCCUGCUGCUGCUGACCGAGGAGCAUCUGAUGAGCGCCAUGAACAUCAAACUCGGACCAGCGCUGAAAAUCUGCGCUCAUAUUAACUCCCUCAAACAGCCUUAAACACGGCAGCUUCCCUCAGCAGGCCAGAGGAGCCAGCAGGGGGCGUCCUGAGCACUGAGCUGGGCUUCCUCUGACCAGUCAUUGUGCUGAACAGGACUGAUGGACAAGUAAUAACUAACGACUUGGUUUUAAUCACAUUUAUACAACCUGUUUUACACCUUAUUCCAAACGUAGUCCAACCGUCAAGAUGCAUGUGGGGCCUGAAGUUUAACAAGGAAAUAUCUGCUUGUGUUAGCAAGUAGCAUGGCGCUAACUGCACACAUAAAUCAUUACAUACAGGCCUCAGACUGUUUGAAGUUCAGCACCUCUGACAGUCUGGAUCUGGUUCAGCAUCUCUGACAGUCUGGAUCUGGUUCAGCACCUCUGACAGUCUGGAUCUGGUUCAGCACCUCUGACAGUCUGGAUCUGGUUCAGUAUCUCUGACAGUUUGGAUCUGGUUCAGUAUCUCUGACAGUUUGGAUCUGGUUCAGUAUCUCUGACAGUCUGGAUCUGGUUCAGCACCUCUGACAGUCUGGAUCUGAUUCAGCAUCUCUGACAGUCUGGAUCUGGUUCAGUAUAUCUGACAGUCUGGAUCUGGUUCGGUAUCUCUGACACUCUGGAUCUGGUUCGGUAUCUCUGGCCGUCUGGAUCUGGUUCAGUAUCUCUGACAGUCUGGAUCUGGUUCAGCACCUCUGACAGUCUGGAUCUGGUUCAGUAUCUCUGACACUCUGGAUCUGGUUCAGUACUUGGUACUAAAUUCAGUCAAACGGGACUAAUUUUACUCUUUAUAAUGAGAAGCAGUUGGUCAGUGUCUGCAGGCACUGGCAGUAAGCAGUAUGUUCAGAGAAGCAGACUGGAUUUAUCAUCGUUUAUCACCAUGACGACAUGUAUCGUCACAGCGCCCGGCCCUGGUCUAGUCUUACCGGUCUACAUUAGCCUCUUAGCUUCAGUGCUAGAACUAAGAAACGUGUUAAGACCCCAAACGCAUCUUGGCCUUUCGACUACAUUUGAAGUUACAGGAGGCGACGCUGUGUAAACGUGAUGUGCGGCUGAACUGCGGCUUCAAAGCUGUGGUGUGAAUGUAAGUCCAGACUCUCAAACUGAGGACGGAGACUCGGUUGGCCUCACUGCGUCUCCUGAGGGUGGAACCUUCUAGAACGAUAUCCACAAAAAAAAGUGCGAUUCUGAUUUUAAAUACAUGAAUAAGCGCAGUCUGUUCGGUCCUGCGGGUUCUGCACAGACACCAGGUGAGGCUUGUAUAUAAAUAAUAUAAACAUUUCGUUUGUGAUCGCCGGUGACGUCUGAGUUGAUGUUCCGUGUUAAUAGCGUUAAUAGACCGACCGUUUAAGUCCAGUGACUGAGGUUAAAGGAACCCGAGCCGGACGCAGUAGCAUGUCUGUGUGAGGCACCGCUGGUGUCGCUGCACUGGUGGUUACAGACACGUUUACCAUCAUUUCCUUGCUUCAAAAAUAAAAGAUUUUUAUUGGUAAA